AUGAAAAAUUUAAUUAAAUGGCCUGCUCGCAAUGAGCUUAUAGAAACUAUGCCUUUAUGCUUUAGAAAAUAUUUUGAAACAAAUGUGGCUGUGAUAAUUGAUUGCUUUGAAAUAUUCAUAAAUAAACCAUCUAAUUUAUGCGCAAGAGCAGCAACUUGGUCACAGUACAAACAUCGCAAUACUGUUAAAUUCUUAAUAGGUGUAAGCCCACAAGGUGUGAUAACAUUUGUUUCUAAAGCUUGGGGAGGACGUGUUAGCGAUAAAUACCUAACAGAGCAUUGUUCAAUUUUAAAAAACAUUCUUCCUAGGGAUGUUAUUUUAGCUGAUAGAGGUUUUAACAUUGCUAAGGGUGUUGGUUUUUAUUGUGGUGAACUAAAGAUUCCAGGAUUUACAAAAGGAAAGUUACAACUGACUUGUUCAGAUGUAGAAACAACCCGGAAAAUUGCCUCUGUUCGAGUACACGUUGAGAGAGUUAUUGGAUUGUUACGUAACAAAUAUAAAGUUCUGCAAAGUAUUAUGCCAUUAGAUUACUUAUAUACUAAAGAUUCUGGAUUAUGCACAAUAGACAAAAUUGUUAUUGUUUGA